AGCAGCUAUCAUAUUAAUGGAGUUGAGCAUAGUGCAGACGCUGCCUCAAUAACCAGUGAAGAUGGAAGUUCAGGAGCCCGCCCAUUACCUUUAUCGUCAGAGAGUAAAAGUGAUUUUGCUCUUGCCAACAAUUUCGCUGGAGGAAGUAGACGCCCGGUAAUAGAUGAAACUACAUCAAGCUCAUCCACUUCCCGAGAUGGAGGAGGGAAACUUCUACCUGCUGGAAAAAGUGGAAGUACGACGAACAUUGAAUCCGAGCGCGGAACGAUAUCAGAUUAUAAAGACUUCCUGCAUCCUGGAGCUUCAUUUACGUGAAGGAGCGACGAUUUUUUCAUCUCUUAAAAGAGAUCAUGAGGAUGUGUUGCUCUAAUUCUUUUUGUCGCGGAAGUGCCUGCUGCAUAGGACCACUUGGGCAAGGGCGUCCAAACACCUUGCAAGGAAAUUGUCUGGAUGUUUCCCGAUGCGCAGCUGCGGGAAGAAAAAGGAUUAGGAUUAAGAUCGCUUUAUCAUUAUCUACCGUUAGCUGAAGAGUAUCGAUGUCACUUCUACUGGCAAUCAUGUAGAAGAACAUCGUCCCACCUAGCAUUCUAGGAAGUCCUCAUCUAGAAGAAGAACAUUACUAGCAAUGCCGCGCAGCUAUCUAGUACUUCUUCAUGAGUUUCAUCUCUCUUGCCUGAAGCAUUGUACUAGCGAUACCCAAUAUUUCAACAACUCUUGAUAAUAUUCAAAAUACUUUUACCCCUGUCCUCAACUCUUGUUGAGACGCCUAUCGUCCUCCUUCAAUAUACCUGCGCAGAGGCAAACGUCUCCAAAUGGCGCAAAGAGGAAAUAUGCGCUCGUAUUGUCCUUUUUUGGACGUGUACCGGAUGAAAAAGGAGUCCGCAACUUCCUGCCUAAUCUAGGUUAUGGCUUACCAUAGCAGCUAUGUAUGAUUAUGAUACAUAUCUGCGAAUGAUUUACAUUAAGGUUAUGGCUUAUCAUAGCUCUCCUAAUUUAGUCCUCCUCUUUUCCUAUUCUAGUCCUCUUAGAUCAUUGAUUACUGCUUAUGUAGUCCCUUUCUUCAUUGAAGGGAUCCAUUUCUUAGCUGAGGGCGUGUUUGUUUUCAUGAAGUUGUAUUUGUAAGAGGUGAAGGUCAUGUAGCUGAAGAUGAGUUAUUCUGUUGUUGAUUCGGUAAUGCUGCUACUGUUACUGACCAGUCUUCACGAUUGUAGUUCAUCUUCAUCAGACCCAGAGCUAACUGCUCACUUACUUCGUUUCCUUAACCUUAUCAUACCUAGCAUGUUGUGAAGAUUCAUCUGGUGAGCAGAGUAUGACCCAUAUGGUUAUCGCCUGUAGCAUCAAACGCAUCUAAUCGGGAAGCAUGCAACUUGCGAGACAACGAAUUUUAGAGGAGGCCAACGACGUGGAAGUUGAUAUCGUUCUUUUAGUCCAUCCUAUGAAACAAAAAAGUGCACUCACACGACGGACUGCUCAACUUCAAACUGCCUAUUGAGUAGGAUUAUUUAAGGAGGACGAAAUAGGCAACUAGGAUUUGAGUACUAUGUAUUUAACUUCUAAUGAUCACUAGAGAACUAGCUCUAGCCACUUUUUUGAGUAAAAAAAUGAGUGCACGUAUUUUUUUCUGUUAUACAUCCAGGGAGAACCUUGGAGAAACAGAACUACGAUCCUAUGACUUCCAGCUCUUUGCUUGCAGAACUGCAGAAACCACCAUAUUCAACUAUGGUAAAGAUUAAGUUAUGAAGUAGGAGAAGGGGAUGAAAAUAAGCCUGAAGAAACUUCACAUGAAAUUGAAAUGCAGAUAGUAGAAAUAGACGUAGAAGUCGAAGUAGUAAUAAGUAUAACCAUUGAUGUAGCAAUCAAGUUGAAACUUCGAAUCAAUAUGGAACUGCAAAAAAGAUAAUAGACGUAGUGUUAGGGUGUAAGAUUUGUAACAUUCUUUCUGCAUUUGUACAGUCUUCAUCAAAUUCAUCGACUUUCACUACCUAUGAUGCCCGAAAACAACCCUCACAACAAUUAUUACCUUAGUAGUGCAUAAGCAUUAUAUAGCAUAUUUUUAUCUCCACGCUCGCCACCUUCGUCUAGUCGUAGUCCUCUCUUUUUAAGUAUUCUUUAUUCAUGUUCAUGUCGCGCGUGACCCGUCAUCCCCUUCCCGACUUGUCCCUCGUCCCCGUUUUUCAUGAUUCCGAGUUUCCUGAACCCUUCCCUCCCUGUUCAUAAAUGCGAGUUCCGUGGACGAUACCUCCAUCAAGUUUGUUUGACAAAGGAAACGCCGGAUGGUGCGGCGAGCAGGACUUUAUGGCGCCACUCAUUGAGAACAGAGGUCAGCUGAGGCUCAAAGCGAUUCAUUUCCAAGGGUCGUUUUCCCCUGUUUCCUUCUUGGGAAUCUGAAGCGAUGAAGUGAAGAAAUGACUUUUUUUGAGCUGUAAGUGAGGGGGCGAAUGGCGUUGCGCCUAAGUAAGUAAAAGGGAAAAGGAGGACCGCCAUGUCCCUCAUAGUACACAACCGCUCUCAACAAGUAGAAGCAUGCAAGGACGUUCUUCUAAGCACUUGGUUCGGUUACAUGCCUUAGCCCUAACCGAUUACCACGCCAUUGCGUACUACGAUAGCGAUGUGGAGUUGCGAGGGUCAUACACUUAUGACGGGCAGGACUCGCGUCUUCUAGUGGGCACUUGACUUGUGCUUGUCGCGUCUUCUAGUGGCUUCUAAAUCCGAAACUUUUUAUUUCAUCAGUGGUUGCAUCACGGUCAUGGAGUUGAAGAUGCGAAUUUCUACAAGCUAAUGAUAAUAUUUGGAUCUUCAUCAUCUUCUAGCAGCUCAUAAAAGACCUGUCAAUUAUUGUUUCAGUUCCCUUCUAACUUCAAGACCUGUUUCACUGUGUGGAUGGAAUGGACGUGGUGCUAACCACGACAGGUGGGAUUGGAGAGCCACUAAACGUAGGCUUCUUCGCCUUAAAACCGAAAACUGCUCUGCUUGAAGCAGCGAAAGAAUUUUCCAUGACUGCUAUUAUGGAAAAUACGCGUCGUGCAAUUGCAAAAUCAAUAAAAGCAGUAAGUAGGUGGCUAUCACGAGGUGAAGCGAGGACACGACUCCGAUUGUGACUAGAUGAAAAAUCAAUCCACGUAGACUUGAGUUAGGCCACGAUGAUCAUCGGAUGAUGGUGAGACGCUAUUAAGACUCUAGAAGAUAGUUCCCCAUUGGAUGAAGAUCUCUUUUUGAGCUAUCAUUUUCAACUGGAUCAGAUCUCUUGAUGCGUUACGACUCUCGAUGGUGCAGGAGGAUGUAUAACCUAACCUAAUACUUAACCAUCGUUUUGAAUGCUGUUUUCUUGAUGCAGCAUCACGACUCUUGAUGCACCAGGAUUCACAACCUAACCUAGCCAUCGUCUAUGUCUAUGUUCCACUCGCUGUUGACGCAUCGUCUAAUCCAGCCUUUGAGCCAAAAAAAGGAGGUUGGGCUAACGCCGGCUUUUGGCCGAGUCAGUACUAUUUUAUCGGCGCAGAAUGCGGACAGGGGUAUUGGCUUACCUUCUUCUAUUACGGCCUCCCCUAGUAGUCCAUCUUCUUCUCAAGCAUCAAGGAAGAAAUGGCCUCUCAAGUGCUUAACUUAGCGCACUUGAACAGUCGCCAUUCGACGACUGUUCAUCACCCUACCCGUGAACAGUCUAAUUCCAUCGCUUGGACAAUGCAAAAGUGCAAGCCGCUUACAAAAAAGCCGGUGUCCCUUUGGAUUCAGUACGCGCCGCUAGCAUAGAUAGGUGUGUGUGGAACUAUCAGACCUCCUCAGGAUGCGAGACACCUAUUAUGAAGAAUUAUUUGUGUUUCAUGAUCGUGGAUAUAAUGCCCAUCGCAAACAUAAUCGUUUGGUAUGAUUGAUUUAGAUUUUCUUGAUAGUAAUGCUAGAGGUAGGUCAAUGAAACAUAAAAAUUGUUCGAACAAGCAGGUGCCUCCUGGUGGUUGUAUGUCUAUGCCGUAUGCCAAUACUCUUGGAAGAUUACUCUAACACGAUAAUCUUACCUGCAUGCCGAUUGUAGCUGUGCACGAUGCGUUAGUCGUGAUGUUGACACGUUUCUUGUUGUCUGGUAUGCUGAGUCAUGCAUGAAGGUAGAAAUUCAAACUUGUACUAGUAAACUACAAGAAGUUUUAGAAGCAAUCCAUGAAGUCUCCUUCACCUUCUCUAAUUUUCGCAAACUCCCGACAUGUGAGUUGGUGCGUGGCCACCACAAGCCGGCUGAGAUGGGAAGUGAUGCUGGAGAAUGCCUGAAAAAAGGGCUAAAGCAACUACGUGCAGAAAAAGCUGUGGCCCUCGGCUCUUCCUCAACAGUACAAUUGUUAAGGACAAGGCUUGCCAAUCAGUAGCAGUGCAAGAAUUGUUGUAAGAUUAUCUACUUAACAAAUCGAAAUCAGUUUUGAGCUAGCCUAUGAUCAUCAAUAACGUGUGGACUAAGUGGGUUCCCACCUUCACUUAAUGGGUUAACAACAUUAAUAGAAGUCAAGAGGAAGAAAUACAAAGGCACAGGGAAACAAACUUCGUGCAAAAAAGGCAACCCACUCAGCCACGUACUAUAGUAAGUGGUCGACUUUCUUGUACCUCUUCUAAGAUUGUCAAAAAGCAACUUGCCCUUGUCCGCAACACAAUCAUCAACAUCAGAGGACAAACAAAGAGCGCAGAAUAGCGCUCCCUUAUUGCCUGACUUCCUACGAGUACAGGACUUCUUUGCAUCAUCGUCUGUAGUUAAGGGUAGGCUAGAGGUGCUCCCGUUGCCGUUUGUUUCGCCUUUCUACUCAAGGGGAAGGGCAUAACGAACGGGGUGAGCGAACGCCAAAACCCCACCUCUAACGUCGGCGGAGAUGGUCCAGAGACCUUGAGAGGUAUGAAGAAUUUCGUAUCCCUUGGUCCUCUUCCCCAACGUAUGCCGUGGCCAGUGGCGAACGGGAAAGGAUUACCAGCACAGUGUGGUAUCUAAAAAUGCUGAUACUUAUUCAGUCAGACUGAGACUCAGAAGCUGAUCAUAGUACAUUUUUCACAUUAUAGCUUUAGACGUAAAAAGACGUUGGCGUUGGAGGUGAAAGAUUUAUUUUAGGACUAGGUAGCAAUUGCAAUUCCUCAUGCUCGCCAGAUCCCAAGCGACCAGAGUGGUUAGUGCGAGAAGACAGACUGCUGUUGGACGUCAACGCUCACAAAGUGAGUGACAAAGUUCGAGCGCUCGCUGUUGUGACCGUUAUGACCUAGCACCACAGGAGCUACACCCACGAGAAGAAGAAAGAGGGAAGCGAAGAAGAGGGAACCCAAGUCCGACUAGAAUAGUACAUCAUGAAAGGUCCUCGUGGCUACUUUCUUAGAAAGAAAGUCAAAGUCCGCUCCUAGCGUGACUAAAUACUUUCUUGGAAAGAAAGUCAAAGUCCCUUAGUACAACUGUUUGUUAGUGCUAAGUAUACCUCAGAAGUUGAUAGUACUGGUAAAGGAGCUUUAAUUUCUACUCAAAGUCUUGACCUUCUUCCGUGGAAAAUAUCUUGAUAUUAGAAUACAUGAAAAAAUACUAGUACAACUACCUUCUUGCAAACCUCUACCUCAAUUACGAACGGCAUCAAUUUCAAUAUAUGUUCUUGGUUUUUCAUUCUAUUGAUCGAAGCUGCAGGUGCCGAUGACUGGGGCAAGCCUGCAGAUCGGCCAAAUUGGUCCAGGACUUUGCUGGCUGCCACGUUGCAACACCUUCGACAGUGGGGUCACGGAUUAGUAGCGAGAACGCAGUUCACUUUAUGAUGAUGGUAAUAGAGUUAGUGUUAGAUUUAGAUUAUGGAAGUCAACAUAAUUGACCAACAACUGUGUGAAGCUCAAGGUCAACAUCUUUGUGAAGGUCGAGGACAAAGUGUGACAACUUGGUUUUGAACUACCUCAGUCUUACUGGAUUUGGAUCAUGAGGCUCGAGAUGGUUAUGUUUCUGAGCUAAUGCUAGAGUGAUGAGUGAACAGGCCAACGCCAAAUCACUAAGCCAACUGCGCAGUUGGCUUAGUGGUUUAGGCGUUGGCCUGUUCACUUAUCAUAGAGUACUACAACGCUAAUCCACGACCAACGUCAGCAAUCUACUUCUAGCGAGGGUCGUGAAAGAACGCGUUCUCACCUCCAAGAUUGGCAAAGGUAUCAGUGCUCAGAGCAGAAGAAAAGUGCAGAACAAUGUGAGAAGGAUUUCCAACGGGAAAACUUCAACUGGGAGAAACACUUGAUGUUAGCGGAUUAUCUGAACUUGAAAGAAGGGAAAGGAUAUCUUAUGGGCAAUGGUUCCAUACUAGUACUACUACUCGAUUCUUGAGAUCUAUUACUUGUUUUAUCUUUAAGUAAGAAUGCAGUGAAGUUUAAGGUUGAAAUAAAUGUAUGCAUAGAACAGAAAAAUUUACGAUUAGCGGAAGAAAAAAGGAGAUUGACUGUGAUAGCUGCAAGCUGUAGCUGUUGCAUGUAUGACUUUGUAGAUACCGUAGUUGAUGAUUGAACGAAGAUUUCAUCCACGUCGUUUACAACUAUUUUUCCCCGGUUGACAUCAUCACAUGAUCUAUCAUAGUGCACUUGAAGGUGAAGAACGUGUGAAAAUGAUAACAACAAACAUAGAUAAUAAAUAUUUCCAGCACCUCCUUCAUGCACCGUUUCACCCACGUGGCGAUGCUAGAUGGUGACCUGGCACUGGUUAACAGGCAGGUGGAUUCUUUAGGCCUGCUCGCAUGGCAUAUGUGGAGAGCUGGGAAAUCUUUGUUCAUGGCGAACGAGGAUUGGCUGAAAUUAUGGCUGAAGAAACUCAGGCGGACGCUCAGCGUGUCGCGCAAGCGCAAUUAGGGAGAGUAAAUUAGACCUAUAACUUUAGCGCUAAGUACAGGAGAAGACGAAGGUGCUGCACGCUCGCACGCGCGACGCGGCAACGGUGGAUUUAUAUUGGCUACCGGAUCGUUCGGUCGCAAGCUUUUUCUAGACUCCUUCGAUGCCCACGUGCAUGGAAAUGGGCGUGGAACAAAGGGAAGUAGGUUAUGAUGAGAUGGGGAAUGGAAAUAGUAGGCCAUGAUGAUGAGAUGCAGAUGGGGAAUCAAUAGAAAUGAGCAUUUUCAUUCUACUAGCAGAGGAUGAGGAAGACGAGGAGAAAUGAGCAUUUUCAUUCUACCAGAGGAUGAGGAAGACGAGGUGGAUUUUUAUCUAGCAAGGAGGAUUUCUAAAACAUGGAGGCGCACCCGUUUGGCCACGGCUUGGGAUCCGACAGGAAUGCUCAAGCAAUGAGCAACUCUGUCUCAGUGACAUCAUGUAUAGUACCUCACAUCGAUUUCCAGAUGACAGUAUGGGUCCGUUUAAGGCUAUUCGAGAUACUUUGUUCUCAUCAUGUUCAAUCUCGUGAGAGCAGUUAUUUUCAUUUGCUAGGACUCAGAGAGACAUCACAAGACAGAGCACUUCUUGCCAAUAGCGCUGCUCUAACUUCUCCCCAAAUACAGCUGUAUCUACUAGUGGUGAAACAGACGCUGCACCAGGAUCAAACGUACCAGGCCAUCAAGGAGAACCACGAACAGCAAAGUCGUUGAUUUUCUUAUUAAGGCUACAAAAAAAUCCAUCUACCAGAAUCCAUGUUCCGCAUCGCCGUCCCGUUUUUACUGGGAAAACGGUGCAGCCCAAGAUGCUGCUGAAGAUGAAAAGGGAUUUCCUUAAAGAGUUCUACUAAUCUUAGGCUCAGGCACUUUUUGGAAUCGUGGUCGGAGCCCUCAAAAACCUGGGAUGCCGGAUCCCGAUGCACGCUUACACGUCCUGCACUAUAUGGGGGGAGGUCGGCAGCAGUCGUUGCGAGAUCUGUGCUCAAGUUAAGACUAUGUAGUGAUAGUGACUAUGACUAUGUGGUGUCCACUUAGGGUUUGGGUUUACGCAGACGAGGUGAUGUGGACUGUGGAUUAUGUUGUUGCUGAGUGCGUUGUGCUCCCGAUAUAAUCGUAAUUUGAAGGUCGAGAGUUGUUGUAAUCGUAAUUUCAAGGAUAAGAAAGACCAGGAAAGUGCCGAUUUAAUCUACGGGAGUUUGAUAUGGCUGGGGAGAGGUAAGAGAAUCCACUUAGAGCUGCGGAUAUCUAUUGGAGGAGGCUGGUGACUCUAAUAAAGUGGAGGGUAUUUCAGUGCUGUCGGAGGCGUAAUCGGAAGUAGUGCUAGGAAGGUGCUGAAAGUGUGUCGUGGAGGAGGGUCUGCAGGUGAAGGCUCAUACACCAGUGACCAAAGAACUUCUUUGGGUGGAACAGAAGGACUUACUUUUAUGGGAGGCAGUAGGCUUUUGGUGUUUCUGUUUUUAGUGUUUGUAUUUUUGACUCUCCCUAGAAGUAGCUUGCAGGGGAAGAGCAUAACAAAGAGACGGGGAAUUAACAGAAACACCAAGGCACGAGCCGAUCUCUAAUGCUUGCAAGUCGCAAGACAAGAUAAAGAAGGAAAAUGCUGACUCUUAUCCGCCAGGCGCUAGACCACGUGGAGACCCCUGGCCAUCCUGGAUUGCUACAGUGAUGCAGACGACCAACAAGGAAAAACUAUUUAAUUCAUCCAGCACGACCAGCACAGGAAAAGGAGCCGAUCAGCAAGUUGAGCCUAGCAGCACAGCAGUACCAUCUAGUACCUCUUCUAGCCCAUCUUCAGCAACACCAGAAGCAGAAGACGUCGCUUCUACUUCAGCACCUCCAGGACAGACCACACAGUUAUCGGGUGGAUCUUCCUCAGAUGAAAGUACAUCUUCUGGAGGCAAUUUGGUGCACCUUUCUUACCAAUGCUGUGAUAAACAGCAAUGGCAUUGCUGUGGGGAAAGCGGUAUGCAGAUUGCUGCACAGCGAAAGAAAAACGAUAAUGCAUGGCUAGCAUUCUACAUUCAUUUUUAUGGCGUUGAUAGGUGGAGAGAAGAAAGUGAGGUGUUUUUGAGCUGUUAUUUGUUAAUAUUUAUAAUUACAUCAGCUUGUUCUCUUAUUUUCAGGUUCCACUUUUUUUAUCCUGAGUUAGUAGUGGUUUGUCAUCGUCGUCGUGAGACCUUGACCUCUUACGUACUACGUUGUUUGUAAGUGCUCCUACUACUAGCGUAAGGUCUGUUUUUGGUUUUGAGACGAAACAUAUUUUACAAACAAACACCAACACUUGCGUUUGUUUACACAGCCUUCAACUUCAUCACUGUUACAACAACCAGAUAAGUUUAAGUACUCAUUAUGAAUAAUUAAUAUUCCACCUCUAUGUUAGUUGGGCGUCAAAAUUAUUAAACAACACUGGCGUUUGCGUAUUCUGCAUUACAAAUCAAUAAAAUCAAAAUUGCUUCAUACAAUAGGAGAACGCAGAAAGCGAGCUGCAGUGACGUAUCUGGUGGCGCGGAUCGCCUAUUUUCAUCCUGGAGCCGUCGUGUAUAUCGUGUCUGAUGGCGCGGACCGAUUUGAGCGCUAUUGUGACUUCGUCAAUAGAGACGGAGGUGGAGGUGGACAGUUUGCUCCUUUGAAGUUAGGUAGUUUGAAGUUAGGUCUUAGGACGAGGAGAGAAGAUAUAUCAUUUUGAAAAAAAUACUUGUUGUACAACUAGUAGAAGCACGCACACGCUGUAGGAACCUAUAGAACAAGUGAACAGUUGCACCUCGUGUACCUGAAUUACCUUGUACCUUGUGCAAGAACCUGUAGAGUCAGAGUCAAUAGUGAGUGAUUUAUUAUGUUGAUUGCCAUGAAAAUCUCUUUCUCUUCGUGGGCAGUACGCACGUCAACAUUGUUGUCGCCACGACCUCCCAUAGGAGAACAAGUCGAUCUCCCCUCGUCAAACUACUUAUUUUCAUCUCCCUGUCUCUCCGCCUCCUGUCCUCCAGCUGAAGAUCGAUGGCAUCCGUGGCCGUUUUUUCGGCGAUUUUGGGACGCCGCCUCAGCCGUGCCUCAAUCUGUGGAAUAUUUGGUAUAUCUAGAACCUGACGUAACCAUGCAUACCGCACUGCGGAAAGAACACAUGACAGAGGACGCUGGCGGGAUCCUAGAUCACAACGGCUUGUUUUCGGAUAGGUUAGUGAAUACCGUAGAACAAAUUGCGAGAAAAAAUGGCGCUGCCGAUUAUAGAUGUUAAGAAAGGAGGACUGGUGGUGCAAUGGACGAGUUGCAGAUCAGGUAGAAACAGGUAGUCAAGAAAAAGAAGAACUGACUCCUCGUCUAAGCAUUACAUUUGCAUUCAAUCCACUAAUAAAUCUGCGAUGAUGUGUAGAGCUACAAUUAUUAAACAUGAUAAAGAGUUGCAGUGGCUCAACCUCUACAAUCUAUCAGAUCGUUUACUCUUAGGAUAAUCUAAUCAACAUCGACCUAGUAUGAAGCGUAAAGAGUUGUAAGAGUUCAGCAAGGACUUCUCAAUAGUUCCGCAUUUAUUUGUUUCUAAUGAACGAAGUAUCGCGGCACCGGUCUCGCAGGCGGUAGCUAUUACAAGAAGAGUGCGAUACUAUCUGCUUUUUCGGACGAGGCAUCGAAGGCGAUAGAUUGGGGAAAAAUGUUCCGCUUUGGACCAAGUGCAGCGGUCUAUUCAAGCGACUUCGCAAUGCCUAUUGCUCUGGCACAUAAGUUAGGCCUCUCGUGAAAGCUUUUUCCAGUUAGAGUUAUAUUUUGUAAGAAGAAUAUAUGUUGGAAUUAGAAUGGGCUCUGCUCAAAAUCAAGGUCCAAGUGUGAACCUGCUCCAAGUCCCACACUGCGUUCGUACAAGAAACCCCCUUCAAUGUAUGCUUCCGGUAUUUGGUAUUGGUAACCUGAAUUUGAUCAUAAGGGAAAACAAGAAGAGAACCCUUGUGAUCAAAUUCAGGUUACCAAAUGCCGGAGCCUGCCACUUACUCAAUGAAGAACUACUUCUAAUUUCCGGUCUUUCCUACAAGCCUUGGCCUGCGGUUCGUCAAGCGUACGGCAGUUACAUCGACCGAGAGCAGCCUGGGAACGCGACCGUGUCUCUGAUUCACUAUAUUACGGGUGUAGGGGACUCAUUUCCGAAGUCAUCUGAAGAAGAAAGAACAAGACAAGAGGAAAGAACAAGACAAGAGUUCCAGAUGAACUUCCUUGAGAUGUUGAAUAUCAUAUGAUACCCCUUCUAACUACAAUCGAGACAUUCAAGGAGGGAAGCCGGAUAGCAGACUUCAGUUGGUGGCCAGCGCAGUCGGCAACACAGAUUCUUCAAUCGAAGGUGGUACUGGUACUGCAAGUGGAGGUGUAGAAUUUCGAAGGUUGCAGGAUUUCUUUUAUGACUAGUCAGAAUGAGAAUCAGAAGCAAGUUGUUGCUAAAGAUGCCAUUGUUCUUACUGAAACUGGUCAUGAGAAAUGAAGUCUCAGCACAAUAACGAAGUAGUUACAUCGAUCUUCAUUUCGAAAUUCUAGUUUUUUUGAGUUAUUCGCUUUGGUUCUGCACCUCUUCAUCAUCACUUGAUUUCGCCCCUCGUCAUCGUCCUCUAACCUCCCACAAGAGCCGCCUUGCAAUACAUCGACAGUCCAAAUAGAAGCUGGAGUGCGCGAGCACCAAACAUAUGCCAACUGUGUUGGAAUUUGGCGGAGUAUAAACGAAGAUUCGGCACGUCGAAAUGUGCGCCAAACUUCGACUACGUAUACACACCUGAUGCCCUGCCUAAAGACGCGAGACCGGGGGAGCGAGCUGCGGUGAUGAGGAUGCGAUAGAAAAUGUAGAUGGGGCUAGUUUUUGUACUAAGUAGAUUGUGUUAGAUUGGAUCAGAUUGUGCUAGAUAUGCGCUGGAAAUAUACUUCAGCUUGAAGCGAUUAACGAAACGUAAUAAAGAACUACGAAGUAGAUGGGAUUUAAUAUUUAUAUGGAAAUGAUCACUUUGCUGUUGACUUGUCAAAUACAAAUAACAGUGUGAUGCAUUAUUUGGUAUUCAGAAGCAGAACUCAGGAAUCGUGAAGGAAAAUUUUUACCAUUACUGUACUACUGAGAACGGAUGAAACAAUGCUGAUGAUGAAUAUGAGUGCAACUGGGUACGUGUACUGUUCGCUCUAAUCCGAUUCCUUUGUUCUCAGAGGUAUUUUGAGUGAAUCUUCGACUCUCUGCUCAACAAGAUCGUGCGGUUGGAAUAUCAGAACCUAUGCUGGC